UCAAUUCAUUAUGUCUCUACAGUCCAUUGUCUUCGACAAAGAGGAAGGGAAACUCUCCAUACUUAAUCAGCUCCUGCUACCAGAUGUAUCGUUAUAUGAGGAAAUAAAUACUGUACAAGAUGCAUGGGAUGCCAUCAAAAACAUGAAGACAAGAGGAGCACCAGCUAUUGCUAUAGUCGGUGCACUGAGUAUUGCUGUUGAAUUGAAGAAAAGGAAUUUUCUUUCUCUCUCUGAACUUUCUUCUUUUGUGAACGAGUCCUUCAGCUACCUCCAGUCAGCUCGACCAACUGCAGUCAAUAUCACCGAAGCAGCUAAAAGGUUCUCGGAGAUCACGCAAGGUCUAGUUGAGAGAAUUAAAGAUCCGAAAAAAGCUUGUGACAUACUUUACAAAAACCUUUAUGAAAUGCUCCAAGAAGACAUCAGUACUAAUACUAGCAUAGGACGGAAUGGAGCAGAACACAUACUAACUCAAUACAGUGGAGGGGAUGUGACUAUACUCACUCAUUGCAAUACAGGAUCAUUAGCAUGUGCAGGGUAUGGUACAGCACUGGGUGUCAUUAGGAGCCUACAAGAGAAAGGACGUCUCAAACAAGUAUACUGUACAGAAACUAGACCAUACAAUCAAGGAUCAAGACUAACAGCGUAUGAGCUAGUCACUGAGGGUAUCCCUGGUACACUCAUCUGCGACUCAAUGGCUGCUUGCCUCAUGAAAGAGAGGCACGUGUCUGCUGUUGUCGUGGGUGCAGACAGAGUCGUUGCUAAUGGAGACACUGCUAAUAAGAUAGGGACCUACCAAUUGGCAGUGGUCGCCCGCUAUCAUGGGAUACCAUUCUAUAUAGCAGCACCUUUCACUACAAUUGACUUUAGUAUUUCGUCUGGGUCUGAGAUAGUCAUCGAAGAGCGAAAGAAAGAAGAGAUGAUUUGUUUUGCUGGCAAGAGGAUUGCGCCCGAGGGGAUCAAUUGUUGGAAUCCUGCUUUUGAUGUGACACCAGGAGAACUGAUCACUGGAGGCAUUAUAACUGAAAGAGGAGUCUUCACUCCUACUGAACUGAUCAAUCAGAAAAAAUAAUAUUGAUUUAUCAUAAUAAUUAUUAUUCAUUUCAUUAAUUGUAUAUUACACAUAAUUACUUUUUACAAAUGUUCCUGUCCAUCCAUA